UACACUUAAGAAAGUGUCAUAAUUUUGUACCCUAACCCAAGUGUGUUGCGGCUGGGUUUAACGAAGAAGCUACACUCAGCCUUACACUUUCGCUCUGGCGUUGAUUCGGCGGCGGAGCUUCAUCAUCUCUCCGGCGAUCCUAGACUCCGGUGCCACGAAAUCAGUUUCUUUCUCAUCCUUUUCAUUUCUGUAGUUCAUCACAAGGUUUCAGAAGGAAUUUACUGGGAGCAGGAAUCCACUGGCUUGUCCUUUUCUUCGUCAACGACGGUGUUGAUCUGGCUCGUUAGUUCCGGUUUCCCGGCAACGCGGAUCCGGGGGAUUAUUUCUUUGGACCGGGGCUUGAGGAUCUGAUCCAGCAACUGGCUGAGAACGAUCCGAGUCGGCACGGGACUCCUCCUGCGUUAAAAUCUGCUGUGGAAAAGCUCCCUGUUAUCAAAGUUACCGGGGAGUUGCUCGAGUCAGAUUCCUCGCAGUGCAUGCAAGGACACAUUUGUCAUGGGACUUUCUGUGCUUCAAUUUACCGCAGAGGAUAUGUUCGUUGCCAUGCUUGUUUUAAAACAUGAUAACUUGUCAAGUUUUGAAUCAGACAUGGAACUGGUGAUGUUUGAAUCAUAUAGGAUCACCUUUGCAUUAAACAUUGUUGAAUCUGCUCUUUGAAUGUUUGGAAUUAGUAUAGCUAAAAGAACAAAACUCACCAUUCUUAAAAAUGCUUCUGGCAUCAUUAAACCAUCAAGGUAUAUUCAACAUUAACUCAUCAUUAAAUGAAUCUGCUCUUGGAAUAUUUGGAAUUAGUCAAAAUGACGUUCAUGUUGGAGAAAUGACUGUUAAAGAAACAUUGGAUUUCUCAGCUAGAUGUCAAGGAGUUGGAACUAUAUAUGAAUUUGCAGAGUGGAAAUGGGCAAAGCCUGAAGAUGUUAUUGAGCAGGCUGUGGACUACAAGAGACCUUCUCAAGAGCUUGUAGCUAUUGAUCUGCAUAGCCUGGAAUGGAGGUUUCGGCACAUUUACAGGGAUGGAGUGCUACUUUGAAGCUUUUAUUCAGGAACUUGAGCAGAGUCAAAGGCAGAUGAUGUCUGAGUUGCAAAAUCUCAGAGUAAAGUUGGAGAUUUCUUCUCAACUUGCCUAUAUGAAUCUCAGAGCAAAGUUGGGGAUUUCUUCUCGGAAUCCAACUAUUCUGAGAGAGGACGAAGCUACUAAUGAAAGUGACCAAACAAAUGAAGAUGGCGUCGAUGAAUUAGAUGAAGAAGACCUUAGAAAUAAAUUCUGAUUUGUAUUGUGUAUUUUGUUGACUUGGUGUAUCUUUUUAACUUGGGUGGACAAAUGAUCAUUAGUAGCUUGGUUCUUUGAGUCAUUUUUAGUAAUGUGACUAUGUAAGUACUUGUUUCUAACUUUGUAGCAUUUUUUAUAGUAACAAGUUGUUCUA